GGCGUGGAGUUUACUCAGAAGUGGACACCGUACAAAACUUAAUACACCCCAGCCCUAGCAUUCAAGUGUAUUCGUUUCCCUCUUUUCAGAGAGUUCAGCCGCAACUCCUGCUCUGCGCACCAACAUAACCGCCUCCUCUCCUCCUUCUCCUUCUCUUCGCCGGAGAAGAGUACCUUCUUCAUCUCUUCUCUUUCGUCAACGCAGAACGAGCAAUGGAAGUUACCCAGGUGCUUUUGAAUGCACAAUCAAUUGAUGGAACUGUGAGGAAGCAUGCUGAAGACAGCUUGAAACAGUUUCAGGAGCAAGAUCUUCCCCUUUUCUUAAUAUCUCUCUGUGGUGAGCUAUCAAAUGAGGAAAAGCCGGUUGAAAGCCGUAAGUUAGCAGGUUUGAUACUUAAGAACGCAUUGGAUGCUAAGGAACAACAUAGAAAACUUGAGCUUGUUCAACGAUGGUUAUCACUAGAUGCCGGUGUGAAGACCCAGAUUAAGACAUGCUUGUUGCAGACCCUUUCCUCUCCCUCCCCAGAUGCUCGGUCAACUGCAUCUCAAGUGAUUGCUAAGAUUGCAGGCAUUGAAUUACCUCAUAAACAGUGGUCAGAACUGAUAGGAUCGCUUCUUUCGAAUAUUCACCAGUUGCCAGCUCAUGUGAAGCAAGCCACUUUAGAGACUUUGGGCUAUUUGUGUGAGGAAGUGUCUCCUGAUGUUAUAGACCAAGACCAAGUAAAUAAAGUACUUACUGCGGUAGUUCAGGGUAUGAAUGCAUAUGAAGGUAACAAUGAUGUUAGACUUGCUGCUACAAGAGCAUUGUACAAUGCUUUGGGAUUUGCUCAGGUAAAUUUUAGCAAUGAUAUGGAGCGUGAUUAUAUCAUGAGGGUUGUCUGUGAGGCAACUCUAUCCCCUGAAGUGAAGAUACGGCAGGCAGCAUUUGAAUGUUUGGUCUCUAUUUCAUCUACUUACUAUGAAAAAUUGGCUCCUUACAUCCAAGACAUUUUUAAAAUAACAGCAAAGGCUGUUAGGGAAGAUGAGGAAGCUGUUGCUCUUCAAGCCAUUGAAUUCUGGAGUUCAAUUUGUGAUGAGGAGAUUGAUAUCCUGGAAGAAUAUGGGACUGAUUUGAUUGGGGACUCAAGUAUUCCUUGCUUUUAUUUUAUCAAGCAGGCUCUCCCUGCUCUUGUCCCCGUGCUAUUGGAGACGCUCCUUAAACAAGAAGAGGACCAAGAUCAAGAUGAAGGGGCUUGGAAUAUUGCUAUGGCUGGUGGUACAUGCCUUGGUUUGGUCGCACGCACUGUCGGAGAUGAUAUUGUUCCACUUGUUAUGCCUUUCAUUGAAGAGAACAUAACAAAACCAGAUUGGAGACAAAGAGAAGCAGCUACUUAUGCAUUUGGCUCCAUCUUGGAGGGUCCUUCAGCCGACAAGUUGACAUCCAUUGUGAAUGUGGCUUUAUCAUUCAUGCUUACUGCUUUAACAAAUGACCCAAACAACCAUGUGAAGGAUACUACUGCAUGGACAUUGGGUAGGAUUUUUGAAUUCCUCCAUGGCUCAACUAUGGAUGCACCAAUAAUUACCCAGGCAAAUUGCCAACAGAUAAUCACAGUUCUUCUGCAGAGCAUGAAGGAUGUCCCAAAUGUUGCUGAGAAGGCCUGUGGUGCUCUCUAUUUUCUUGCCCAGGGUUAUGAGGAUAUGGGCCCAUCAUCUCCUCUGACACCCUUCUUCCAGGAGAUUGUUCAGUCACUUCUUACUGUUACUCACAGAGAAGAUGCUGGGGAGUCACGAUUAAGAACUGCUGCAUAUGAAACACUGAAUGAAAUAGUAAGGUGUUCAACUGAUGAAACUGCUCCCUUGGUAUUGCAACUGGUUCCUGUUAUCAUGAUGGAACUGCACAACACUCUUGAAGGGCAGAAGCUUUCAUCUGACGAAAGAGAGAAGCAGGGUGAAUUACAAGGGCUUCUCUGUGGUUGCUUGCAAGUUAUUAUUCAGAAGUUAGGGUCGUCAGAGCCAACUAAAUAUGUCUUCAUGCAUCAUACGGAUCAGAUGAUGGCACUUUUUCUGAGGGUAUUUGCUUGUAGAAGUGCCACUGUGCAUGAGGAGGCAAUGCUUGCCAUUGGAGCUCUUGCAUAUGCAACAGGCUCAGAUUUUGCAAAGUACAUGCCAGAAUUUUAUAAGUAUAUUGAGAUGGGUCUUCAGAAUUUUGAGGAAUACCAAGUCUGUGCCGUCACAGUUGGUGUUGUUGGAGACAUAUGCAGGGCAUUGGAAGAUAAAAUUCUUCCUUACUGUGAUGGGAUUAUGAGCCAGCUCCUUAAGGAUUUGUCAAGCAAUCAGUUGCACCGUUCUGUGAAGCCUCCCAUAUUUUCAUGCUUCGGUGAUAUAGCUUUAGCAAUUGGUGAGGGCUUUGAGAAGUAUUUAAUGUAUGCCAUGCCUAUGCUUCAGAGUGCAGCAGAGUUGUCAAUUCAAACAUCUGGUGCUGAUGACGAAAUGACAGAGUAUACAAAUACUCUGAGAAAUGGGAUUCUUGAGGCAUAUUCUGGGAUUUUCCAAGGCUUCAAGAAUUCUCCAAAAACCCAGCUCUUGAUUCCUUAUGCACCUCACAUCCUUCAAUUCUUGGAUGGCAUAUACUUGGAACGAGACAUGGAUGAUCUUGUGAUGAAAACUGCUAUUGGUGUCCUUGGUGACCUAGCAGAUACACUGGGAAGUAAUGCAGGUUCUUUGAUACAACAGUCUCUGUCAAGCAGAGACUUUUUAAAUGAAUGCUUGUCCUCAGAAGACCAUUUGAUUAAAGAAUCAGCUGAAUGGGCCAAGUUGGCCAUCAAUCGUGCCAUUUCUGUUUGAGGCUACUGCCACAUACCAUAUUUGCAUCAUUUUAGAAGUCCCUGCAUGCAUUUGGGUCCGUUGAGUUUGGUCUGGGAUUGCAUGUGUCUAAAUCAUGGCCAUUUUCAGUCAACAGAGGCAUUCAGUCUUCAAGUUGUCACUAACUCUUGCAUCAUCUCAAAUAUUUUCACUGACUAUUGCAUCGGCACCUUGGAGUCAGGUCGUGAAUUUGUUGAGGAGUGGGUAAUGGUUUUUGCAGAAGUGGGUGAAUUCCUCCAAUAAGAAACGUCUAAAUUUUAAUGAUCAUGGAGGAUUGCAGUGUCAGAGUUUUGAGCGAACUGAUACGCUGAUGGUAUAAUACUCUGGCAGCUUCGUCACUGGAUAUUAUUCAACUCAUGUGAGAGAUUUGUGCCACCAUUUUGGUGGUUUCUUUUGAAGUGAUUUCUUUCAUGGGUUGGAGGAAAAUGAUCAGUUGAUUCAGGGUCAUUGCAGUGCCAUUCUUGUGCAAUAAUUCAGAUUGACUCCUAUCUGGUUUUCAUUCCUGAAUUUACCCCCCUCCUUUUUGUCAACUAAUGUUUGCAUUGGUUCAUCAUGUCUGUCUGGGUCAGGUUUUAUUUCAUCUGACUGAUUUUUGUAUACUUUUUUAUGGACUUUAUGUACGCUGAAAUCAUCGGUAUUUAAGGGUAUGUAUUUCAUUGAUAAUCAUUUCUUGUAUGACUCAUGCUUUUUUAGCUGCUUGAAGUCCUAAGUGUUUUUUUUUUUUAAUAUAUAAAUUAAUCUUUUUGGGUUAUUAAAUCUAAAGUUCUGAAUGAGGGUUGAUAGAGAAAGUGAAAGGGAGAAUUUUUGAAGAGGUUUAGGUAUAUGAUGCAUGAGAAGCUGUGGUAAUCAACACAGAAACUUAGGUCUAAAUAUUACUUUAUUGGAGGUGUAUUUUUUAUGGCACUAUUAAGAUAAUCAUUAAAAGGAAAAGUGGAAUAUUAUUUCCAUUACGCAAACAAUUGUUUACAUGUUAUAUGUACCCUGUAUCCAGUAGAAUGAGUUUUACUUUUUGGACAGAACUAGAGUUAAAUUGCUUUGUUAUUUAUAAAAGGAUGUAAAAGGUUUAUAACAUGAUUUGAGAAUGAUAGAAUGAAUGAAAAAAUAGGACUUCUAUGAUGGAUGUAAACGGAUCCCUGUCAGUGAAAGGUAUUAGGUUCCUGCAAUCAUUGUAUGGGGUUGGUUUUGAAGUUUCUAAAGCAUGAUGAAUGUUACUUUAUUCAAUGUAUUUGUGAUUGGCUUCUGAAUAGAACUUCUGCAAGUCCCCUCCAAACUCUUUUUUUUUUGGUUGUUUUCUUUCUUCUUUUUUUUUUGGUUGUUUUCUUUCUUCUUUUUUUUUCCCCCCCCAAGUUUCAUUGUAUAAGAGAAGUGCUUUCUUUCAUGAGUUCUGUAUGUUCUUUGGUGUACAUAUGAUACAAUAACCAAAGUAAAGCUUUUAAGAAUUUCUAGGAUACUAUAUUUAUUGUCUGAACUUGAUUUACCAUCGCUUGUACCUUAUAUUCCUUUAGGAAUUGACAAACCUUGUUUUUCUAGAUUAAUAUUUGAAAGUUACUUCUGGAUAGUUUGAUGAAGGCAAGCAUGGCAAUAUUUGGCUGCCAUGCCUUCCAGAAAAGGCAAUGGAGAAAUUCAUUGAUAUUUAUUAAAAAGCAGUUUAUUAUCUCAACUUGGUUUUACCUUUGCCUGUGCCUUACAGUCCUUUAGGUCUAGGUAAACUAAAUCUUUUUUAGAUGAACAUUCAAAUUACCUUUGGAUGGUUUGUUGAAGGCAAACAUGGCAAAAAUUGGGUGCCAUGCCUCCUGAAUGGACAUUAUGUUGAUAAAGAGCUAUAUCCUUCAUGGGUGGCCCGGUUUGACAUCGUGAGGAAUGAAGGUGGAGAUUAUGAUGCAUCGAGUAUGGAUUCCAAUGGACCAACAUGAUCAGUUUUACGUAUUGCAUGCCAGUAGUUCCUCCUAAAGAUGGUGGGUUGAGCUCUAUCGUGCGGGCUGUAGAACAUUGAUGACAAAACUUCUUUUCUGGAAUGCCGACAUCAAUGUGAAGAAUAAUGAAGGUCAAACUCCAUGGUGUUAUGAAGCUGUUUGUGAGAGAGAAGCCAUUGCUGAAUAUCUUGUGAAGCAAAAUGCAGACAUUACUGUAAAGGACAAUGAUGGCAACAGUACCUUGAUCUUUGCGACUGGAACUGACUUUGGAUGCAAUAUGCACGCAAAUAGAUUGAAUUUGUUUUCUUUUUAAUUCAAAUCAAAGUUAAAUUUUUGAAAAAGCAUGUUAGGAUGUAUGUGGUGAUUGAUGACCUGUUUAGACAUUUGUAUGUUUGAUAAGAUGCUAAUAUAAAAGUAUUAUAAUGUUUC